CCUCGACCACCGCCGUUCCCCGUCUCUCCUUAUCUCCUCUUGCUUGCUCUCUCCCUCGUCUGGCUGCGAACGAUGGCGCAAGUGCAGGCUCAGGCUGAGCCCUGGGUACCGACCGUGAACGACCUCCGCGUCAAGCUCUGCUACAUCUGCCGCGAGGAGGAACGCUACGACAACCCAGAAUCCCCCGCCCGCCCCUGGACGCACCCCUGCGCCUGCACGCUCGUCGCCCACGAAGCCUGCCUCCUCCAGUGGAUCAAGUCCGCGCAGCAGGACCCCGCGCGCGCGCGCAACGCCCUCAAGUGCCCGCAGUGCGGCGCCGCGUACGCGCUUGAGAGCGCGAACCCGCCGCUGCUGCGCGCGCUCGACGCCGCGAACGCGCUCCUGGCGGCGGCGGGGAAGGCCGCGACGGUCGUGGGCGUCGCGUGUGCGGUGGUCAGCGUUGGCGCUACGGUGUACAUGGUGUCGACGUCGUACGGCGCGUUCGCCGUGAAGGAGUUCCUCGGGGAAGAGAUGUUCAACCUGCUGCUCACGGACGACCCCAGCAAGUGGCCCUGGCACGCCUUCAUCCACCUCCCCGUCAUCCCCUUCUCUCUCAUCCUCUCCCGCACCCGCCUCUUCGACACCUUCCCGCUCGUCCCCCUCCUCCUCACCUGGGCCACCUCUCCGCCCGUCCUGUCCGCCUCCUCCUCCGCCUCCUCCUCCGCCUCAACCUCCUCCACCACCCCGAUCUUCGCCCCCUCCCUCGCGUCCCUCCUCGGGCUGCACCGCCCCACCGACCCGCGCUUCGUCCCCGCGCUCAACUGGCCCCCGACGCCGCUCAUGGCGCUCGUCCUCUUCCCCGCGCUGCGCAUCGCGUACCGCCGCGCCUUCGCGCGCCUCACGCGCGCAGUCAUGGGCACCCACGCGGGCGCCGAGACCGGCCCCGCCGCGCGCAUCCGCCGCGUCGUCCUCGCCAUGAACGAGGACGGCCCUGCGCCCAUCCGGCUCCGCAUUGGGGCCGAGAUGGAUCGUCCUGUCCCCGCCGCUGGUAACGCCCCUGCCGCUAACCCCAACGCCGCGAACGCGAACGCAGCGGCUGGCGCGAACCUCCCCGCUCUCGGGGACGAGCCCGCCGACGACCCCGCGGGCGACGCCGAGCGCACUCUGCACGUCACCACCUCCUCGCUCGGGCGGUUCGUCGGCGGGGCCCUUCUCAUGCCCUCCAUCGCCGCGCGCAUGGGCGCGCUCCUCCUGCGUCUCUCGGCGCAUUCCUCCUUGCUCCGCACGCUGCUCGCGAUCCACCCGCGCGCCCAAGUGGCCGCGCCGCCUGCACGCAUCCGGCUUUUCGCACCGGGCCAUGCGCCGGAGGUGGGCGUGUGGCGGCAGGUCGGGGGCGGGCUGUUGACGGGGUUCAAUAUCCUGUGUGGGGGGACGCCGACGUGGAACGCGCACGACCCGGUGUGGUGGCGCAACGCGGUCGGGCUCGGGAUCUUCGUCUUCACGAAGGACUGCAUCGAGCUGCUGCACCUGUACCUGAAGAAGCGCGAGCUCGAGUCUCGCCGGGUGAAGAGCCGCGACUUUGCGGGCGUCGAUAUCAAGGAGCUCGACCUCAUCCGCCCCGUCACCGAUGCGCCAGCACCAGCGGUCCCAGAGACGGAGGCAGUGCCCCAGCCCGCCGCCGCAGACGCCCCGCCGCCCCUCGAAGCCUGA